AUGAACCUGCAGACUGUACUCACCUCCCCACUUGCGCUGUGGAAAACUCUAUUCGUUUCUAUUUUCCCGGAAUCACCUCUGGUUCACCAGCAAGAUCACUUUGCUCCCCAUCCACCCUCGGGAUUUGAAGGCUACUAUUCUCGUACGCUUCUGGACAAUGGAGGGACGCUGGCCAUCAUCUUCUGCUGGGUGAAAGACGCGAAAAGUCGCGGGGACAUGGUGUAUGUGUCUUACCACCCCACCGAGGCAGGCGGUAUCUCUGAGUUUCAGCAUGUGUUCUUUGUUGAUUGCAUCAAUGCUCAAGUCGAUCACUACACUCCGAACCAACCACUUUCUUUCACCCUCCGUGCACCCAGCAUUGGAUCUCUCGAGGUUACGCCUAGGUCUAUGAACUACGCCAUCUCCGUUUCUAAUUGUCAGCUUGACCUUACCCUAUCUCUCGAUAAUCCUACUCCUUGGUCGAAAUCACGUCCCUUGGAGGGUCCUAUGGGCCCAUUCACUCACCUUUCACAUCUAUUGCCACUUAACUGGACUGUGCACUCCAUUUCCAGCACCGCUAAGCUCACCCUCACGUAUUCUGGACAGACUCAUUCAGUAAGCGGUGUCACGCACAUGGAGAAAAACUGGGGCACAUCAUUUCCUGAGGGCUGGAUCUGGGGUCAGUCGUUCAGCACGGCUGCGAGGAGCUUCUGUCUUGCUGGCGGAGCAGCGCUGCCUGGAGUGCAUGCAUAUUUGGUUGGGUACCGCUCUGCUGCAUGCAACUGGGACUUCAGACCGCCAUUCACAGUCUCUAUCGGGCUUAUCUCACCAUUCAUAAUCAUCAAGCACGACAGCCGGAAGGGCACUGUUGACAUGGAGCUGCGCACAUUCACAAGGAAGCUGGUCGUCAGAAUGGACGCGCCAAUCGACUCAUUCCUCCCCUUUCCCGCACCGCUGAAGGAGGGGCAUCGGUCGGGGUAUGCAUACGAGAGCUUCAAGGCGCGGACGUGGGUGGAAGCGUGGAGUCGGCGCUGGCCAUGGCAGAACUGGAAGCUGAUUGAGAAAGGAUUCUGCGGGAUGACCGAGGACGGUACGCCUUGUUCUGCACUCGAGUUUGGCGGCUCCUUCUGCCAUCUGUCGACUGCACCUUCUUCCUAA